AUGGGGCACACCUUACGAGGAGUUUUAUCUAAACCAGAUUAUGGUAAUUUAAGACAAAAAUUGGAAGACAUUUUCAAAUUGAUGCUGGUAUUAUGGUGUCGACAAUGUGAAGUAAACAGACUUGUUGCACCGGAGCCCAGUGAAAGCGAUAAAACAGUGGUGGUACGCCGAGGCAAUGAAGAAUUUGGGUUUAGGAUCCAUGGAAGCAAACCAGUGGUCGUGUCAGCCAUCGAACCUGACACUCCAGCUGAAUCUUCUGGACUUGAAGUGGGAGAUAUCAUUAUAUCUGUCAAUGGAAUCAAUGUGUUAGACAAGACGCAUUCGGAGGUGGUGAAGAUUGCUCAUUCAGGUUCUGAAAUACUUGAAUUAGAUGUUGCCAGAACCUGCGAGGUAGUAGCGACAUUAGCCCACGAAGGAGGUCCAGCCGCCCUUUAUUCAGGCUACUUAUGGCGGGCUGCGCCCUUAAGGCCCCAUCACCCACCACGAUGGACACGACGGUGGUUUGUUCUUAAACGGGACAACUGCUUGUACUAUUAUAAAACGGAUUCGAGCAUCCAUCCCGUGGGAGCACUCAUGCUGGUAAACUAUCAGCUGAGCGAGGAAGAUUCGGGAAAGCCUCACGGGUUCAGACUACAACGCGGCGGUGGUACGAGGCUGCAACUCGCUGCUGAUACUGCAGAAGCCUCCGCUAGAUGGCGCGCUGUUCUAGACCACGCUAUUGACGCCAGUAAUCAGCGAGAUGGCUGGCUCGAAGUAACGAUACGGAACAUGAAGCUGCCACCGUCGUCCAUACCUCGGCCGGACUGCUUCGGUUAUCUGCUGAAGCUCGGCUCCAAGUGGAAGUCGUGGGCAAAGCGAUACUGCGUGCUUAAGGACGCCUGCCUUUACUUCUACAAUGACGGCAACAGCAAGAGUGCUUUUGGUAUGGCCUGUCUCCAUGGAUACCGUGUCCAGACAUGUACUGCGGGAGGCAAAAAAUAUGCCUUCGAGGUGAUGCCAACGGAACCUAAACAAAGACACUUCUACUUCCACACUGAGUCCGAAAUGGAUAGGAAAAGAUGGAUGGCAGCCUUAGAAUACUCGAUAGACAGGUGGAUGAAGGCCGGUUGA